AUGCGAUUCUCAACCACCAUCGCGGCGCUCGUUGCCAUCGUCGCAGUCAAUGCUGCUGAAGCACCAGCACCCCCGGCAUACAACCAGCAGUCCAUGACAUCGGCAACGACGACCUACACCAUCACUAGGACACUGUCGCGCGUCGUUGAGACCGUCACCGCAACCAGAAACGGCACCACCGCCACCUACGAGAGCACGUCAACUGUCCCAGCAACGACUUUGGUCUCCGCUGCCCCAACUGGCUAUGGCAACGCGACUCUUCCAGGUACCGCAGCGACAGCAUCAGCAACAUUUUACCCACCACCACCAUCGCAAGGUGGUGCCGGCAAGGCUGAGGCAGCUGGUAUCGCCGUUGCCAUCGGCAUCAUUGGCAUGCUCGCCCUUUAG